AUGAAAAUAGCAGAAAAACAAAGAAAAUGUUCAAAAUGCUACCAUUAAGAGAAUAAUAAUAUAUUAUCAUUUCCAAAAUGCAACCAUGAAAUUUGCAGAUCUUGCUUAAGAAAUCAUUUCGAAAAAAAAAUCAAUGAAUCAUAAUUUUAAAUUAAGUUUUUAGUUUUUCCUAUCUGUCUAAUUUAGCGUGAUAAUAUUGAAUGGUUCAAAUAAAUAGUUGAUUAAAAAAAGUAUGACAAUUAUUACCAUCUGUUACUGAAGCAUGAAUCGAUGAAAACCAAUGAAAUUUAUGUUAAAUGUAAAAAUAAACUUGUUUAUUAGAAUUUAUAACAUGGAAAGAUGCAGGUUAUUAUGUUAAUAUUGUUUUAGAUUAUUAUCAUUGUCCAUCAUGAAAAUUUGAAUUUUGCAGAAAAUCUAAUAAGGAACAUAAAAAAGGAGCAAUAUUAGGAAAAGGUGGAAAAGCUAGAUAGUUAUAUAACAUAUGAAGCAAGAUCUUUAGAUCAGUAAAUGCCCAAAAUUUGA